GUCAGCGCAGCAGAAGUCUGGAGUGAACGCUUCUUCUAGUCUAGAGUUGAGUUACGCGACGCUUUCUUCCCAAAACUCUUCAGAAGUCUUGUUUUAAACUCAGUACUGCCGUUCAGGAUCUCUCAAGUAUAGAAUACUUACCCUGCAGACAGCGAGUUCACUGAUUUGACUUCUCCACACGUUCCAGAAGAUACAAAAACACAUAUGGAGAUGCACAAGCGGAUCCUGCGGGCUCUCAGGAGCGGCCCGGCGCGGAGGAACCUCUUCGGUCCGGUGGAUCGUGAGCAGCUCCAGCUGGAGUACCGUGAUGCUCUGAGGAAGGACCUGGAGGAGGCGUCCCACCGCUGGGGCUUCGACUUCACCACCGAGACGCCUCUGCAGGGCGGAGACUUCCAGUGGGAGGGCGUGUCCGGGGUGAAGGUGCCCGUCCUGUACCGCUCCUCUCUGGAGGAGCAUCCGUCGAGAACCGGCCCGUCCCGCGUGGGGAAAGAGAACAUCCCCAGAACCCCAGAGAGAUACAGCAUUGUCCCGCAGAACAUGGAGAAAACACCAGAAAAGAGGACAGAGCUGAAGAGGAAACAGACCAACAUCACAGAUUUCUACCAGGCGAAGAAGAGAGUGGUGGCUACACCCCGCAAAUCAGGACAAUGACUCAAACACACACACACACACACACACACUCAGGAACGCUAGUGUGUCUCUUCUAGACUCUUGUUCUCACAGGAGGAACACUGACGCAAACCACCGCUUCUUCUCACCAGAUCUUCUGUUUUUAUACUCCGUCAUCUACCUUCAGCCUCUCAAGAACUCAAAACGAUCAUCGUAGCAUUUUUCCGUUGCGCCAAAUGCAAGAAAUGCGCAACUGUGCAGAACUUAUUUUCCAUCUUCCAUCAUGUUUUUGAAUGUUUUCCAUUAAUAGGAAAUUGCUUAUCUGUCAUUUCUUCUUUUUCUUGUUUAUGUUCGCAUGUCAAUGGUUAACAUUUAUACAAAUUUCUGUUAAAGAAAAUGCGUUAUAAUCCUUGUAAAUCGACUAGGUUUUGUGUGGAGGCGGACAAGAGAUUCAGGAAAGAUUUCAGAAUUUGUCUCUCAGCGGGACGGCAAAAUUAUAACGAAAUAAUUUAAUUACGAACAAUACGACAGGUUAUAAAACACUGAUUUUAUUUUCAGUGUCCAUGCUUUAUUGCACAAUACUUGUAGCUAAUUUUAAAAACUAACGUUUGGUGCCAAAUGUGUUUUUUUUUUUUGUUUUUUUUUUCAUACAAGUUGUUUAUAAUUCUAACCCUUCUAAGCUGACAGUAUGUUCUCACACAACUCUCAUAAAGGAGCUGCAGUUACGUUUUUACAACGUAAAAUAAUGGAUAAACACUUGGCGUCGUUCGAGAAACACAAUCAGAAUUAAUUGCUCAGAAAUGGGUUCUGUUUGUGUUCCCCAGUGAUCACAGCACAUUUACAGACACUUUCAGUUUUACUUGUAGUUACGGAAAUACAAGUAACGUUUGUUUGAAAUAAACGCAGUCACGAACACUGAGCUUUCCACAUUCACUAAUUGAGAUGCUGGAUAUAUUCGUAUUUGUUUCUCAAGUAUCGCAUUCCAGCGAACGUUCAUAUCUGUUCUUGCUUUGUGAUUAUCCUCGUAUCCUGAUACUUGUAGAUUUCUGCGACCUGUCUGUAAAUAUCAUGUUAAUAUCAGAAUUAUUCGCCGAUGAUGUAAAAUUGCACUUAUUAUUUUGAGUAGUGUAGCUUGUAUAUGUCUGUUAUUGUUAAAUAGCUCCGAAUGUAUGCUGUAUUUAUUUUACGGAUGAAUAUUGUACCGUAGAUUGACAUGUAAUUGUUCUUGUAAUAAAGCUGUGUAUAAAGAGAAA